AUGUCUUCAACUACAGUUCAAGACACUCCUGAGAAGGCACCUGAUGAUUCUUCCAAGUUGAAGACUUUCUUGUCCAUUCUCCGCAAGUUCGUCGGAGUAGCCGACAUCGCGUCUGUUCGUUUCUCAUUGCCUGCGCAUCUUCUAGAACCCACACCAAAUCUGGAAUACUGGAAUUACCUAGACAGACCGGAGGCCUUCGCAAGCAUUGGUCAAUCGGAAGAUCCGCUGGGACGUACGCUGGAGGUUUUGAGAUUUUGGUUCACCAAGGACUUGAAAUACAUCAAAGGCAAACCAUGCAAGCCGUACAAUUCUACCUUGGGGGAAUUCUUCAGAUGCACUUGGGAAGUAGAUCAGACGCUCCCAGAAGUCUCGCCGACUCCAAAAACUUCCUCCAACGCAAAGAAUAGCAGCGCAGAUUCCGUCAAGAUUUGCUACUUAACUGAACAAACUUCUCACCACCCUCCGGUUUCGGCCUUUUUUAUAGACUGCCCGGAUACAGGGGUCUCGGCGCGUGGUUUCGACCAGAUCAGUGCCAAGUUCACCGGCACCAGCAUCCGGGUCGCUCCUGGCCAGCAUAACCUGGGAAUUUUCGUCAACUUGAAAAACAGAGAUGAUGAGGAAUACCACUUGACUCAUCCUGCAGCACACCUUGGUGGUCUCCUCAGAGGCGCUUUGGCGAUCUCUGUCUCGGACACUUGCUACAUCACUUGUGCGAAGACGCGCAUCAAGGUCAUUUUACAGUACCUGGAGGAGGGCUGGAUUGGUCGGGCGCAGAAUAAGGUUGAGGGUGUGAUCUUCCAGUACGAUCCGGAUAAGGAUGUGACUACGAGAAUCAAAGAUGUACCCGAAGGCGAUGUUCUUGCCCGGAUCAGUGGCUCUUGGCAUGGACAAGUUUUCUACACGUUGGCCGGUACAAACGAACCUCGGCUUUUGAUCGAUGUCACACCCCUCUUCCCAGUCGCGAAGACGCUGCCUCCAGAAGAGAGUCAAUUAUCCAACGAAUCUCGCAAAUUUUGGUCCUUGGUCACCGAAGCGAUCGUCGACAAAAAGUACGGCCAGGCUACCAAGCUCAAGCAAGACAUCGAGGAACGACAACGACAAAAGGCCGCAGAGCGUCAGAAUAAGAACGAAACGUGGCAGCCUCGUUUCUUCACCGGCGCUGUUACACCUUUGGGAAGACCCGAGCUAACAGAUGAAGGGCUGAAGGUACUUGAAGGGCUACGCAGCGGUGAUUAUAGGUUGGACGAGAGUGUAACGAAGGGUGCAUAG